AUGAGCUCCUAUUUCGCCAACGUGCCCUCCCCGGCGGCCAACUGGGGGGCGCCCUCGCAGGACCAGUAUUCGUACAUGCAGAGUGCUAAAUACCCUUGUUAUUCGGAUCCUACACAGGCCUACGCGCAGUAUGGCGGCAUGCAAGGCUACCGAUACCCCAGUGCAUACAGCUGCGCCCUCGGGAAUAUGACGGCGGCCAAGGGCGCCUACGAGCAGAGCCCGAGCCCCGCGAUCACUGCCACGGCCGCGGCGAGCCCCCUGGGAUACGACCAGAGCCAGAACUACUACAGCGCCAUGAACAGUGCCACCACGACCAGGAACGACGAGGCCGUAGCGCAGGCCAUGAGCCAAGCAGUGCCAGACUCCCUCAGCCCAGUGAACAGUGACUACAACAGUGUCAAGAUGAACAGCUACGUAGCCACGAAUCCCAUGGCAGGCCUGACGCCCACGCCCGUGAAUUCAGUGCCCGCCCAUCCCCUCAGCCCCAGCGACGCCCUCAGCCACGCCUACGCCACGGCUCCUGACGCGGUGAUGCAGCCCUACACGUCCAAAACGCAGUCCCCCGCCAACUACUACCAGUGGGUGAAGGCCUAUCCUGCAGGUUAG